AUGUUAGGACAAGGAAAAAUAAGAAAUUUAAAUCAGUUAGAAAAUUUAGCCCGAUUAUUAAUGCCUUUUCUCAAACCCAAUGUUUAUUUAAUUUUACAAGGCGAAUUAGGAGUAGGGAAGACCACUUUAACUCAACUAAUCGCAAAAAAUUUAAGAAUUACCGAGCAGAUAACUUCACCUACUUUUACCAUUUGUCAGCGUUAUCAAAUAAAAAAUGAUUACUACCUUAACCAUUUUGACUUUUUUCGUUUAAAUACUAGCGAUAAUUUAGAUGCUUUUCAAGAAUUAACUUUGGAUAAUUUAAAUAUUAUUGAAUGA